AAAAAGGGAGAGAAAUGAGUUCCAAAAGUAAUGGAGCCACCAAUGAGAUCAAGUUCACCAAGCUUUUCAUCAAUGGCCAAUUUGUUGAUUCCCUUUUAGGAAAAACAUUUGAGACAACAAAUCCAACGACUGAAGAAAUAAUAACUAGAGUGGCUGAAGGAACAAAGGAAGAUGUUGAUUUGGCUGUCAAAGCCGCCCGUAACGCUUUCGACAAUGGACCCUGGCCUCGUUUGUCUGGCGAGGCACGACGAAAGAUACUGUUGAAAUUCGCAAACUUGAUCGAAGAAAAUGGUGAAGAAUUAGCAACCUUAGAUGUGAUCGACGGUGGAAAACCCUUUAGUUUGUCUAGGUACUUUGAAAUCCCAACUGUUGUAGAGCUAUUUCGCUACUAUGCAGGUGCAGCAGAUAAAAUUCAUGGAACAACGCUUAAAAUGAAUACAAGUAUUCAUGCUUACACAUUGCGUGAACCCAUUGGGGUUGUGGGACACAUCAUUCCUUGGAACUUCCCUUCUCAAGGGUUUGCCAUGAAGGUUGCACCGGCUUUAGCCGUGGGGUGCACCAUGGUGGUCAAGCCGUCUGAACAAACACCUCUUUCGGCUCUCUUUUACGCUCACUUGUCUAAAUUGGCGGGUAUUCCCGAUGGUGUGAUUAACGUUGUCAAUGGUUUUGGAGAAACCGCUGGUGCUGCUAUAAGCUCCCAUAUGGACAUUGACACGGUUAGUUUUACAGGGUCCAUGGAAGUUGGGCGUCUAGUAAUGCAAGCUGCUGCGACAAGCAAUCUAAAGCCUGUGUUGCUAGAACUAGGAGGGAAAUCGCCUUUCAUAGUGUUCGAUGAUGCUGAUUUUGAUAAAGCCAUUGAUCUUGCUAUUUAUGGAAAUUUCAUUAACAAAGGAGAAAUAUGUGUGGCAGGAUCUCGUGUUUUUGUUCAAGAAGGAAUUCAUGAUGUGUUUGUUAAUAAGUUGGCAGAAAUGACGAAAGAUUGGACGAUUGGAGACCUUUUUGAUCCGACAACUCGUCAUGGACCUCAGAACAAUAAACAACAAUAUGAGAAAGUACUUUCAUUGAUUGAGCAUGGCAAGAAGGAAGGUGCGACUUUGUUGACCGGGGGUCGACCUUUUGGAAAGAAAGGAUAUUAUAUCGAGCCAACUAUAUUUAUAGAUGUUACGGAUGAUAUGAUCAUAGCGAAGGAAGAAAUAUUUGGCCCCGUUAUCUCCGUUCUCAAGUUCAAGACUAUUGAAGAAGUGAUCAAGAGAGCAAAUGCCACAAAAUACGGGCUCGCAGCAGGCGUAAUGACAAAGAAUAUCGACGUUGCAAACACAAUGUCGAGAUCGAUUCGAGCAGGUGCAGUGUGGGUCAAUUGUUUUCUAGCACUUGACAGAGAUGCCCCUCAUGGAGGGUAUAAAAUGAGUGGGUUUGGAAAAGAAUCGGGAAUCGAGGGUCUUGAUCAUUAUCUUCACAUUAAAACCGUAGCCACGCCCAUAUAUGAUUCCCCAUGGCUCUAGGCUUUUCGGAAAUAGCCUAUUGAUCAAAUAAUGG